GGUUGGGGUGAUGGGCCGAGUGGUGGAGAUGCUGGUGGCACAGGAUCAUGGGGUGGUGGUGCUGGACCGCAAGGAUCAUGGGGAGGAGGAGGUCAACCAGGCGGAGGUCAGUCCGGCUGGGGACAUGGCGGUGGAGGUGGUGGAGGUCAAGGCUCGUGGGGAGGUCAGGGAAGUGGCGGACAAUGGGGUGGACAGCAAGGCAGUGGAAGCGGCGGUGGUGGUCAAGGAGGAUGGAGUGGUGGUGGAGGUGGUCGAAACUACUGAACUGAAACUAAACUCUCGUUGA